AUCGUUUACAAUCUUCAAGAAAUUCUGAAACAAAUUGUCUCGUUCAUUCUAAGACGAUGAGGACAACAAUUGCUCUUCUGCUGAUAACCUCAGUAGUUUUCUUUAAUUCUUUUGUUUGCGUCAAAGCCACACAAGAUGCCGGAGUUAAACAGGAUCCACCGAAAAAAUUACCUGCUUCUCAUGAAGAGAUGGCUACAAAGGAAGAGCUUAGUGGUGUCUUUUACAUGAAAAAAAGAGGAGGUGAAAUAGUUCCAAUAAAACAAAAAUUAUUAGUGUGGAAGAAAGCCGGUGCGAUCUUUGCAUGGUCGAAGAAUGGAAAAAAACGUGCAUUGUUCAAUGAAAGUAAAAAACCGAUUAUAAUAGAAAAUGGGAUCAAGAAGCCAUUUAAUGAUGAUGUAUCUAAACGAUUAGGCCUUAGACUUAAAACAAAAGUCUUCCAACAAGAAUAACACAUUUGUACCAGCUGCAGCUUGGGAAAGGUUUUCUGCAGUUUUCCUGUCCCUUGGCUAAAAACCUUAGCAAAUGCGAGCGCAUCUUUAAGAAAUUCGGCUGCAGACGGUAGGGUUUAAAUAGGGAGAACGGGUUUUAUAUAUAUAAUUAUGCCUAAGAUGCACAUGUUAUCAAUAUGAACAUCUUGAAAAAAUAUUUCCUUGCCCUUAAGUGCCCCUUUACUGGACAAAAAACUAUCUAUAGAAGAAAUUUCAAUAUUUCGCAGUUCGUGAAUAAGACUUUUCAUCCCCGUAAGUGAUAAAAAUCGAUUAAAACCUGAAUUCAAAUUAGCUAAUUGUUCUUUCGUUACAAUUUUUUAUGUUUUUACUUAUAUUUUUUACAAUAUUGUAGAGAAGUGGUUAACUCCGUCUUUUCCCUGUCCACUAUAACAAAGCAGAUUGUUCUUAUUGAGCAAUUCGGAGAUAAAAUUUCAAGCAUAUUUGUUCUUUCUAAAAGUCCUGCUACACAACUUACCCCUUGAAUUAUGUCUUUACUGGUCAAACGUGCAUUCGAAUCUGUACCAAGGAUGAAGUUUAUUGUUCUUCGAAUCUAUGGCACACAACUCUUUUCUCGCCACAAAUCACAGCGCCUCCAUAGCGAAAUCCUGUACUCUCAUUUAUACUUUUAAAUAAACAGAUUUUAUUCUUGUGUUUACA